AAUCGAGGAAUUUAUAAAAAUUAUUAUUGCAAAAAGGAAUUGUUACAAUGGUGAUACAACAAAUUAAGACACUAUUACUAAGUAUUGUUAAGCUGCUGCGACGAAUGAUGUGUUGUUUCUCUUUCGGAAGACGAAGAAAACCGAGUUUCUCAGAACCAAUGGAAAUAAAAGUUGUGAUAGGUGAUGGUCAAGAGGCGGUGCCGGUAGGAAAGCAGUCACCCAAUUGGAAUCGGACACAGCAACAACAACACGUGGAACGCGAUUGGAAUUCUUGGGAUGAAAGUCCGCGCACUGUGACGGAGCAUAUCGAACAAUAUCGUCAACGACUGGCUAAGCCACCAACUCCGCCACCAGCUGAGCAAGAGCCAGAUUUCUUUACUGAAUUAGCACCUGUUAUACAACCUCAAAUUAAAUAUUACUUGGGCGACAAUAGUAAUGAUAAAACCGACUUUUCACGCCUAGAAGCAAAGAGUGAUGUGCCAAUAGCAAUGAAUGCGGAUCUAGAAGAUUGGGUAGACGAUGCUAUCGAUGGUGGCUGGGACGAACUUGACACAGAGCAAACUAAGCAGUUGAUACGUGAAAAACGACGUGAAAUGCGCCAACAACGUCAACAAAAAAACUUCAAAACUGCCGGAAUUGAAGCAUCAAAAAUAGUUAUUGGUGUCCAGCAUAGUCGUACAUAGUAUUGGUGGACGGAGGGUAACCACAACGAAAAUCAUGACACGCAUGCACGCGACAAAGUGAUAUGGCAUGAAACAUUGUAAUGAAGUUACUUCAUUCACGCAAAUUUUGGGCAAAAGCAAAUGUAAAUACACAUGGAAACUAUAUACACAAACAAAUCAACGCAAACACUCGCAAAGUGCAUGAAUUGUUUUUCUUUAGUUUGUACUAUCCAUUUUU